ACCAGAAAUCGGGUAACACCGAGAGGAGUACAAAGUGGGCCACCUCUGUAUUUGAGGCUUGGAGAUCCGUUCGGAAACUGGACGGAGAGGAAAUUCCACCACUCGAGGAAUGCGAUAUCAACACCCACCUUUCACGUUUUGUGGUAGAAGCAAGAAAGCAGGAUGGUUCCCCCUACCCACCUGGAUCGCUAUAUAAUAUUGCCUGUGGACUCUUGAGAAAUCUCCGAUCUUCUGGCAUCUAUGAUAAAAACUUCUUGGAUGAGACGAAUGCACGAUACGCGAGGUACUAGAUGCUCAGAUGAAAAAGCUGACAAAGGAUGGGUUAGGUAUUGGUCAGAGGGAGGCAAAACCAGUCAAUGAAGAAGAUGAAAAGAUUUUGUGGUCUAAAGGUGUAUUUGGGAACAGUUCAUCUGUUGCUCUUCAGCAUACCAUGUAUUUCUAUAACUGUAAAUUUUUCGGAUUAAGGGCUUUGGAUGAACACCGAACAUUAAACUGUAACCAAUUUGCAAUCGGGAGUGACGAAAAUGGUCGUUACAUAGAAUUUAAAGGUACAAACAGUAAAACGUACAAUGGAGGAUUAAAACACAGGCGUAUUGAACCAAAAAUUAUAAGACAUUAUGAUGAAAAUAGUGGAAUUGUUGACUUUUAUGAGCAGUAUCUGAAUGCAUUGGGGCUUUCGGGUCCAUUUUAUCGGCGGCCUUUAAACAAAUCCGAGGGACACUUGCGUUACGGGGAACAAGUUGUUGGAAUUAAUAAGUUAAAAACUUUCAUGAAAGACAUUUGUUCGUCUGCAGGUUUAGAAGGUAGAUACACAAACCAUAGUGGUAAGAAAACGUGUGCCACAACACUCUACCAAGGAGGAAUUCCCGAGGAAGAGAUUAUGAAACGAACUGGCCACAGAUCCACUACCGGGGUUAGGAAAUACCAAAAACCGUCUCCCGCAAUGUUGAAAGAAAUUUCAAACACACUAAAUCCACCGCAGACGACAAUCAAGGCACAGUGUGAAACGGUCAAUGAGAAAAAUGCUGAAAGUGUUCUAAAGGAUAAUGACGAGUCAGUGGAUAAUAAACGCAGUGAUCCAAGUUUUAAGGGUUUAUUUUCUGGAAAUCACUCAUUCUCUGGAUGCACUUUUCAGUUUUAAUAUCGUACGAGAACUGUUGUAACAGUGUGUUGGAAUUGUUGUUCAUAAUGAUUAUAUAAUUGACCUACCCGUAGCACAUACAUUAUAGUGCCAUAGCAGAUACAUUUUAGUAAAAUAGCACAUAGCGGAUACUUUU